AUGCGAUUCCAAUCAAACAAUUUCGUUCAAGAUCUGGUAGUUAGAAGUCGUGGAAAGGGAAUGUGUCAGCUAGGACUUGCCCUACCUGUUGUCCUGCAAGUGAUACGCAAGCAUCGGCUCUACUGGACAUCAGCCAGUGACGUGCGGAAUACGCAAAGAAGUCUUGCCAUGCAACCUGGACGACUCCACGAGGACGACCUCCAGUCACUCAUUCUUAGACAUCAGUUGGCAGUAGAGGAGGACGCAAUCCGGAAGUUUGAAUUACCUACAACCAACGACGGCGCCGGAUUUCGUCUCAUAGUGAUUACGCCCGAACAGGCCGAGCUCAUCAAAAGAUAUAGCGCAGCUGGGAUUUCUAUUGAUGAUAAGCAUUGUACCACAACAAUCUGA